UCUACCUUCGAAGUUUUGUCAUUUCGCCUUCCUGGUUCCUCCGUCAAGUGUGUGUGCGUGGGGGAUUAUGGUCGCCUUGGUGUCCGGCAUCAGCCCGGUGGAUCCGAUCGCCAGCUCCUGCCUACUGUGCUCCGCCUGCCGCUCCUUGCUCAUCAAGCCCAAGCAGACCGAGUGCGGCCAUCGCUACUGUACAGCCUGUCUGGAGAACCUCUUCGGGACAGGAAAUGAAGCAGAUUGCUACGUUUGUCAAAAGAAAGUUCUACGUUCAAAGGUUUACCUGGACAGGGCUGCGGAAAAUGAUCCUAUUGGAUUUACCAGGAGUGGACUAUCUUGCUCGCUACUGGAUCUUUUCUUGGGACUGUGUGACCUUCUGGAGCGUCUCUGCUCGAGCGAGGCCUAG